UUCAUGGCAACACGACGCGUCCUUGGUUGGUUUGUAUAACAGUGUCGCUAUGCGGAUUAACACACAGAGCUGGAGCUGUAAAAUUGAUCUAAUUAACACAAAAUAAGACGUGAGGAGAGAAAUUCAGCAACGUUGUGAGGCACCGGGACUCCAAGCGGUAAUGACCUCAGCUGCACCCUCUAGCCCAGGUUUGGAGGACCUGAGGCCUGUGUCACGGGGAAUCACCAUCGUCCCCAGGAGCAGGAGUGUGUCUCGUACAUCUAACCAAGACACUGAGAGGAGAAAUAACCUCAAGUGUGAUUCUGCCUCCUCUGUGCAGUCGGUCGCUGAUGAGAGUCUGUCUUUAGUGGACAUUGAGAGGAUGCUCAUACAGAAAGUGAAAGACAGAAAAUAUGACUUGAAGGCAGCUUUCCAUGCUUUUGAUGUGGAGGGCAAUGCCACUGUCACUAAAGGGGAGUUUCGCCGAGUUGUUGAGGGCUUUCUUGUGCCGCUCACUCAGUCUCAGUUCGAUGGCCUGUUUGCAAAGGUCCCCAAGCGACAGAAUGGAACUAUACCCUAUAUGGAAUUCCUAAAACAAUACUGCAAGGUCUCAUCAUCACCACCAAUUAGGAGCAUGUCAUGCUACAGAACUACAUCUGGGAGCAGAAGUCAGCACGGUAGGCCGCUCGGAGAGCUGCAGUGCUGCCUGAAGGACAAGAUUGGAGGCAAUUUGAAAAACAUUACAAGGGCUUUUCGCCUGUUUGAUUAUAACCGUGAUGGACAAAUCCAGCAGCAUGAACUGCGGAGAGUUCUGGAGAGUUACUGCUUUCUUCUGAGCCACCAGGAGUUUCGCAGGCUAUGGGUGCAUUACAGCCCGAAUAACUCACAGACGAUAUCCUAUAAAGAGUUUCUUCAGAGGCUUGGUGUUGAUUGUGAGAACUAUCAAAAAAUUGCCCCAGACUCUACAAAACUUGCUUUGAACUGGGAUGCAGCUAAAGCAAGACCCAAGAGCAGGACAUCAGCUUGGGAGACUUCGCCUGUGAUCCAGUACAGUUUAGAUGAAAUCCACACCAUGUUUAUGAAGAAAAUGACUGUAAAUUAUCCUAUAGUGGAGAAAACACUUCAAGCAUUGGAUAUCACAGAGAGUGGUAUUGUCUCAUAUGAUGACCUGAAGUCUGUCUUGAGCAGUCUCCUUUUUCCAAUCAAUCACAGCUCAUUUUUAGGCCUCCUAAAAAGAUUUGGAGUGAACACCGAAGAGCCUUUACAGUGGAGAAAGUUUAUUGCUCUGUUCAGGGAAGAGUUACAGAUGUUACCUGCUGUGAAAGAUGCAGGUCCUGCUGCCUCUAAGAUAUCCAGUAUUGAAGAAGUUUUGCCAAAGUUAAGAGAACAGAUACUUGAGAUGUUUUCUCAUCUGCAGAGAGCCUUUCUGGAGUUUGAUGAGAACAGAACCGGGCUGGUCAGUCAGUUUGAUCUGCGGAGGCUACUGGAGAGCCUGACCUUCACGCUAACAGAUGAGCAGUUUAGAGGACUGACAGAUCUCCUCCAUGUGCCACACUCAGGCUCCAUUAGCUAUCAACACGUCCUGGACUUUUUUCAGAAGGAAAGGCCAGCAGAAGUGGUUCAGGAACAGAUCAGCAAGUCUACAGAGAAGCCAGAGGCUCCAACCCAGCGUACCGCUCAAUCUCCUUCAGCCACAGCAGCUUGGCCUAUAGUGGAAGGAGUUCUUAAGGAGCAGUUGUCUGAGCAUUAUGCUUCACUGAUGUCAUCUCUGAGCAAGACAGACCUGACUCAGAGCUGCACUGUUCCUCCUGAAGAGCUGAGGAAGCUCCUGCAGCAGUAUGGAGUACCACUGUCUGACAGUCACUUUAACAAGCUCUGUGAACCUUUUAUGGAGUCCGGAACAGUGAAUUAUAAGCUGUUAUUAAUGAGCCUUGGCAUGUCCAUAAGAAACAGCAAGACAAAGAGUGUAAAGGGUCUUAACUUGAUUGAGAGAAAUGAGAGCGCUAAUCAAGCUGAUGAGGAGAGUGUUAAAAAGCAAGCUGUGGUGGACGUUGUUCUGAAGAAGCUCAGAGACAGGUUGCAGAUGCGUGGACUCACACUUCACCAGUGCCUGAUGGAUACCAGUAGAAGCUCUGCAUUAGUACUUGACCUGAGAGACUUCCAGAGGAUUCUGGAUGAUUGCAGGAUUUCUCUGCAAGCACCACAAUUUCAGACUCUCAUCCAGUCUCUUGGCUUCCUUAAUGGACCGAUCUCCUUUUCAGACUUUAUAGACAAAUAUGAAGGUGCUUUAGCAAAAGAUAACAACGAGGAAACAAUCUCAAAUAAUAUUAAAGCCGGAAGCUUUAUGUCUGCGGAAGACUGUCUAAAUCAGCUUGAGGAACGAAUCAAAGAACAUCACAAGGAUGUUUUAACAGCGUUCCGACUGAUGGACAGAAACAGAGAUGGGCUGGUGAACUACAAUGACUUUAGAGUGCUGUUUGACAGCCUGAGAUUAGUGACUAAAGAAAAGGAGUACCAGAGAUUGCUCGAGCUACUGGGCUUUAAGCCUGGCUCUACUAUUAACUACGUUGAGUUCUACAACAGGAUUCGGUCUGACAGGAAGACUGGAGCUAAUCUCAUCACUAGUAUGACAGCUGAUCAGUUACUUGAUCGAGCUUGUGAACAGGUUCAUGCCUAUCUAGUGGCCACUGCACACACAAGAGGGUCUGAGCUAUCAAAGGCAAUUAACCAGUAUGGUGAGGAUAAUGAAAGCAAGAUCACCAAAAAUAAGCUGAGGCAAAUACUUUACAAGUACUACUUGCCCAUUUCUCCAAGAGAAUUUGAGAAAAUAUGGGAAAGGUACGAUGAUGAUGGGAAAGGAUAUGUCACUCAGACAGAGUUCCUGAACAAGCUGAAUAUCACACCACAUGAGUCUACACAGUCUCCAGUGUCAAAGACCAUCUCACAGAACCUUCUAACUGAGACAGAACUGAACAAUCUGAAGGAGUGUUUAUUGCUCAGGUUUGAGGAUGUGCGCCAAAGUCUGGUGGAAUUGGAUAAGAGGGGAGAUGGUCAUGUGUCCGUAAUGGACCUGUUGGUUCUGUUACAGACACAUGGGUUCGAGAUAGAUGACCAUCAAUUAUUGGGUCUAAUCAACAAUCUAGGACUUGAUGUCUGUAAGCUGUCAUACUAUGAUUUUCUGGACCGUAUUGCUGGGCCAAGAGUCAGUUGCAAGUCUGGUAUGGCAUCUUCAGUCAGUCCAUCUAUGAUAUCUUCUGUAACAGAAGAUAGAGUAAAAAUUCUCAGCCCUGACAGAGCCUUACAGAAGGUCAGAGAACUCGUCACAAACUCCAUGGAUACUCUAUCCAAGGCAUUCACUGCAUUUGAUAAGACUAGAAAUGGCAAGAUUGCUCAGGUAGAGUUUCGGCGAGUGCUGGACCAUUUUUGCAUCAAGCUGUCCGACGUACAAUACAGACACCUUCUAGCUAAGCUGUCAAUCAGAGAAGAAAAAAGCAAGGUAGACUGGAAGCAGUUUCUGCACAUCUUCAAUCUUCACAAUCAAGAGACAUCUGAGGAAUGGCUGGAGAAAAUCAACAAGGUACGCUUCCCUAAUCAGACAAGUCUUCUGCCAAUCAGUGAUAUACUAGGACGGAUCCAGGAGGUCGUUUCUGCUCGCAUUUAUACGAUCACCAAGGAGAUGGUGGAUUUAGAUUAUGCUGGUGUAAAUAUGAUUUCAAAAGUGGACUUCAGGACCAUCUGUGACCAUCACUUCAUGAGGCUCACAGAUAAACAAUUUGAAGCUUUGUGGAAAAUGUUGCCAACCAAUACCUUUGGAAACCUGGAUUAUCACAAGUUCCUGAAAAAGUUCAGUAGAAAACCGGUAGAUCAGGAAAGUACCAGAGGAUCACCUUCUCCCAAUCCAUCGGAGAGCUCACCUGUUGCUAUCCCGCAGUGCCCGAAAACAGCACCCUGUAUAAGCAAGUCAUUAAGCCCAGUGCAACUCAGGCCUUCUUCGGCAGUCUGUGGCCAAGCUACAGUGAGCACUUUGUUGAACUCGGAAGCUGUAGAGAGGAGACUGCGCUCCCAGAUCCGGUCAUGCUGGCGUGAGGUUCAGAGGAAGUGCAGGGAGGCUGACACAGGGAGCAAUGGGGAGAUUGAUGUAGAAACCUUUUUAGGCAUACUGCAGGAUUUCCAUAUUAGUCUAACACAUGCUCAGUUUGAGCAGCUGUCUGAGAAGUAUAACAUCAGAAGCAAAGAGCGUCUUUCCUACCCAGAAUUCCUGCAGCACUUUGUGCUCACACUCAAACCUCAAACCACCACUUUCAGCCGUAGACGCAAGCUGCGCAUACCUUCAACUAUGAGUUCAGAGCCACUUAGUAAGCAGUGCAUGGAUACCUUGUUAAGGCUGUGUCCGUCUGUCCAGCUUUACUGGAGGACCAUGAAGCAGGCGUUUAUCUCCUGUGACAAGAAACGCACAGGAAAGAUUUCUCUUCAGGAUUUCAGAAAAGUUUUGAGGCAGUACAACAUCGAUCUCUCAGAGGAAGACGUCUUUCGUCUUACAUCUUGUUUUGAUAAGAACAUUUCAGGACAAAUUCCAUACAUUGAGUUUCUUAGCAUUCUACAAAAUUGAAUGCAUAAAAUAGUAUGUCAGUGUGCAGGGUGGACAAAUCAGUAGACAAGAAUGUGUAUGGGUUUUUAGUUUUUAUUCACAGUUGUAGACAAUAGGCUUAAUAGGCUAGAAAUCACUGAUGUUUUUCUUUCUUUUCUACUUUAACAACAAUAAAAAUAAAAAUUCUUUAAAAAAAAUAAUUUACAUGCAUGUUUUGAUGCUGACUGCCUAGUAUGCUCAACUCGUUCUAAUCCUACACUACACACAGUAGAAUUUACUAUUCACAUUAUUUGAAGUGAAUGAGGAGAUGGGAGGCAGGCUUGGGACAACUCAAACAGAUUCUUUAUUUUCACUACAUUUUAUUUACAUUUCAGUGAUUUUAACUCACACACAGCUCUGCUAUAUUCAGCUCUCUCUCCUGUCGCUCUCGUUUCUCACAUCUUAAUCAUUGCUUCCUCUGACUGAAACACAGAACACUCAUUAAGGUGUGCGAUUCUUAGUACUCACUUUUCCAGUCUACGCCCUCUAUUCACAGACUGGCACUUGAUCUUGCCCCUGCCUACACAGACCUUUUGAAUCAUGGCCAUUUCAGAAUCAGGACCAGUACAACAUAAAGAAGCACCUUGGAUAAUAUUGUAGCAUGGACAGGAAAGAAGUUUGAUCCGAAACCCUUGUUAAAACUCUUUAACUGGCAAACUCCCAUUCGAGUUGAUUACAGAUCCUCUUAUGUGUCAUUAAAGUUAAUGGAUCGACACAAAUAGCUUGUAUAUACACAAUACAGCAGUAAUAGUACAGUAAUAUCUACAGAAUGUUUUAAUAUGCUACCUUCCUUAGAACUAAGGAAGACAUGUCCUUAUAAAAGUAUCAUGACUAUAUCCAAGAUAUAUAUAGUAUAUAUAUAUAAAAUAGUAUAUUCAUGUUUGUGUUUGUAUUGAAGUACAUAACUAGGUAAUGACUGUAAGUCAGUAUAUGUUAUUGCAUUAUGUUAGCUAUCAUUUUUACUAAGCCAGCUAGUUUGCUGCCAACUAACUAAGUCAGUUAGAAGCCUUUAUUAUCACCACAUAUACAUUACAGCACAGUGGAAUUCUUUUCUUCACAUACUGAGGAGGUUGGGGUCAGAGUGCAGGGGC